AUGUCCGAGGAGCCCGCGGCGCCGGAGGAGGAGGAGGGGGCGCCGCCGCUCCCCGCCGGCACCACGCGCGCCCUCCUCCCCCCCCAACCCCGCGUCUCCCCCACCAGCGGCGGCGGCGGCCGCAAAGGCGGCGGCGGCGGCAAAGCCCGCGAAGGAUCGGCGCCCGCGCAGCGCCCCCGGUGCACGAGGGGCGGCGGGCGCGGGGCGAGGGGUUGCAGCCGCGGCAGCACGUCCCCCCGGCCGGCGCGGGCGCGGGUGGGCGGCGGGGCGGCGCGGCGCGGCGGGCGCGGCGGCGGCGGCGGCGGCGGGGGCUCGGCCGGGGCCGCGGCGGGCCUCCAGACCGGGGCGAAGACGGGCCGCGCGGGCGCGGGGGAGCGCAGCAGGUCGCGGCGGCGGCCGGCGCGGAGCUCAGCCCGAGCGGCGGGGCAUGCCGCGCCGGGGCGGCGGCGGCGGCGGCCGUGCGGCGUGGAGCUCGGGCGCGGCACGGGCCCGGGUCGCUCCGCUGCUCUCUCACAGCUCCUGGCGUCGCCGCUCUCCAGCGCCCGCCUCAGCGCCCAGCCCGCCUCAGCUCCGCCGCCGCCGUCGCUGCUGCUGCUGCCGCCGCGGCCGCUCCACUUCUACAGACUUGAUUCUUCGACAGCCUCGCAAGGCGCCUGCGCGGGCCCCCUCCCCUCGCGCGCGCGCGCCCGCCCUCCCCCGCUCCCUCCCCCUCCCCCCGCCAGAGAACGAGCGCUGCCGGGAGAGCCGGCUCCGCGGCGCCCGCCCGCGGGUCAGCACCACCCGCCUGCGCCGCGGCUCGUGUCCCCGACGUGA